AGAGAGGGAGAGAGAGAGAGGCAGUGCAAAGCAGGGUUUGGAGCAGGAGAGAAGACACGAGGACACUCAAUGGACACAUGGAGGAGAAGAAUACGGUGAUUUUGGUGUGCACUCUGCGUCUGCACGGCUGAGCAGGCUCGGAUGGCCGCUCUCUUUCUUCAGUGAAGGACAGAAUCAAAAGGAUCCAAUGGUCACACUCCGUUUACGUGCAGAGGAUGAAGAGGAGAGGUGCUGCUGCUGCUGCUGCUGACUGCCGUCCUCAGAUCCUCACAGCUCAUAGAUCCGGUGUGGAGGCAGGCCGUCGUUAGCCGCGCACAGAGGCAGCGGCGAGGAAGAGGAGGAGGAAGACUGAGACAGAAUGAGCUCCAAGCACUCCUCCGACUGGAUCCCCUACAGCACUUUAGACGAUGAGGGCACCAACCUCCGACAGCAGAAACUGGACCGGCAGAGAGCACUGCUGGAGCAGAAGCAGAAGAAGAAGAGACAGGAGCCUCUCAUGGUGCAGUCCACGGUGGACGGGAGGUGCCGCACACGUCGCACCAAACACAGCGAGGAGCAGGCCCCGCUGGUGGAGUCCUACCUCAGCAGCAACAGCAGUACCAUGUACCACGUGGCAGAGGCAGAGCAGGAGGAGGUGAAGGUGACCGCAGACAUGCAGCCUCCUCGCUCGGCCAAAAAAGGCAAAGCAUCUGCCAGCUCAACGCCGCAGACGGGCAGCGACAAGAAAGAGAGACGGGGCAAGCACAAAGCAGGGAUGGAUGUCCUGUCCUCUCAGCAUGAAGACGGACACAUUCAGAUCCUCACCGUAGGACACCUCUCCCCGGAUGAGGCGGAGGCGGAGCCCGUAGUCAACUGCACCCAGUCCCAGAGCAAGCAGGACCUAAGGGUGACCAUGCUCAAGAAAGGUAUUUCUAGUAGUAUGAACUUUGACGAGGAAGAAGAUGACGAUGAUGAAAUUAGCUCCAGUUCGUCACAGCUCAACAGCAACACGAGACCAGGCUCUGCCACCAGCAAGAAAUCCAACAAGGAAGUGGCCUCAGCAACAAUCCCUCCGGUAAAUGAACCCUCCAUCGACGUGGACGACCUGGAAGAGUUUUCUCUGCGACCAGCUCCUCAGGGUGUCAGGGUGAAGUGCCGAAUCACCCGAGACAAAAAGGGCAUGGACCGCGGCAUGUACCCGACAUAUUACCUGCACCUGGAGAGGGAGGACGGAAAGAGGGUGUUCUUGUUAGCUGGCCGCAAGAGGAAAAAAAGUAAAACAUCUAAUUACCUCAUUUCCAUUGAUCCCACUGAUCUGUCACGCGGUGGAGAGAGCUUCAUUGGUAAAUUGAGAUCCAACCUCAUGGGGACCAAGUUCACAGUUUAUGACAACGGUCUGAACCCCAUGAAGAGCACGACCAGCCUCGAAGCCAGCAACCUGCGACAAGAGCUGGCAGCCAUUUGUUAUGAAACCAAUGUUUUAGGUUUCAAGGGCCCGCGCAAAAUGAGUGUCAUCAUCCCUGGUAUGAAUAUGGACCAUGAAAGAGUGUCCAUCCGUCCUCGAAAUGACCAUGAGUCACUGUUGGCCAGGUGGCAGAACAAAAACACGGAGAGUGUGAUUGAGCUGCACAAUAAGACGCCGGUGUGGAACGACGACACGCAGUCAUACGUGCUCAACUUCCACGGCAGAGUCACCCAGGCCUCCGUCAAGAACUUCCAGAUCAUCCACGACAAUGACCCCGACUACAUAGUGAUGCAGUUUGGCCGCGUGGCAGAGGACGUCUUUACCAUGGACUAUAACUACCCCAUGUGUGCCCUGCAAGCGUUCGCCAUCGCCCUCUCCAGCUUUGACAGUAAGCUGGCCUGUGAGUAGCAGCAGCCCGGAGCCAGCGCUGCUCCGUCUGUCCUCUUCUCGAAAAAGGGCUCCGAAAAAAAUCAACCCUUAAACGUCAACAAAGCUUUGGCAUAUCCGACAUAAUUCUAAUGCUUUAUAUGGGCCUCAAGAUCAGAGAGAAUGUGCGAGCGGAUCCGUGCUGGAGUGGGACCCGUGGGUGGGUUUGGACAAUGGGAGAACAAGCACAAAAAAUGAAAUGAGGAUCCUUUGUUUUAUAACUGUGGUUACUUUGUAUUGUACUACUGGCAUUAUCAGAACCAACACUGUUACGUUAUGGCGUAGUUAAACACAUGUAUAACAAUCUUUUUCACGUUGGUAUGUUUUAUAUUGAUCUCAUGUGAAAUUUCCACCAUGAAUUUUGCAACGUUACAUAAAAAAACAUGCACGCCAUUCUAUAUUUAUUUUGUAUUUAUGAAUUUCUGAUUUUACUCGUUGUUGCCAUACAGUAUUGGCUCCAGAAAGCUGCAAGCACAUCAUUAGACGGAGCUUUUCUCAAACUUAAACAAGGGCAAAGGCAUGUUCCACUGCAGCGUGUGCCAUAGACAGUAUUGUGUUAAAUGUAUGUGAAUGUAUAGGACAGGGGUGCACUUUAUCUUCUGUGUGGUGUUGAACAUGGCUGUACAUAUGUUUUUUGUGCCUUUGAAGACUAAUUCCAGUGCGAUGCUUUGAGAGUCAAACAUAAGCAUGAAUUGGUCUUUGCUACUCCUGCUGUUCUAAACUGUGUACUGGAGAUCUUUCCUUGUAGCUACUCUCUGUCCAACUGCACAGUAUAUUUUGACUUUUCUUCCGAAAUUGCACAUUAAGUGGAUCCCACCAUGUCCACAUUUAAAAGCGGAAUAUGUAACGUUUUUGGUGAAGAGCAUGUCACCCGCUUGUCUUCAUGGAGUUGUUCUUGCUUUGCCUGAAACAUUUCAUAGUAUGGCAUUAUAACUUUUACAUUAUCUACAUGGGGACAAGGCAAGGAAGGUUUAUUUGUACAGCUCAAGUCGUACACAAGGUAAUUCAAAGUGCUUUACAAAAUAAAAUAAAAAAGACUAAAAUCAUAAAAUACAACAAAUCCAGAUAUAAAUAAUCACAAAUAAUCAUCAUAAAAUUAACAUUAAAGGAGAAAAGUGCAGAAUAAAAACCUUUCAGUCACAUGCACAGAUAAACAGAACCGUUUUGAGUCUGGAUUUAAACAUUGUCAAAGUCGAGGUCUGUCUCACAUCUUCAGGAAGAAUGUUCCAAGUUUUAGCUGCAGAAAAAUGAAACACUGAUUCCCCAUGUUUAGUCCCGGUUUAGCCCUUGUUUAGUCCUGGUUUAGUCCUGGUUUAGUUCUAGUUUAAUCACUGUUUAGUCCUGGUUUAGUCCUGGUUUAGUCCUGAUUUAAUCCCGGUUUAGUCCCGGUUUAGUCCUGGUUUAGUCCUUGUUUAGUUCUGGUUUAAUCACGGUUUAGUCCUGGUUUAGUCCUGGUUUAGCCCUUGUUUAGUCCUGGUUUAGUCCUGGUUUAGCACUUGUUUAGUCCUGGUUUAGUCCUGGUUUAGUUCUGGUUUAAUCACGGUUUAGUCCUGGUUUAGUCCUGGUUUAGCCCUUGUUUAGUCCUGGUUUAGUCCUGGUUUAGCACUUGUUUAGUCCUGGUUUAGUCCUGGUUUAAUCCUGGUUUAAUCACAGUUUAGUCCUGGUUUACUCCUGAUUUAAUCCUGGUUUAGUCCUGGUUUAGUCCUGGUGCAGUCCUGCUUUAGUCCUGCUUUAGUCCUGGUUUAGUCCUGGUUUAGUCCCGGUUUAGUCCCAGUUUAGUCCUGCUUUAGUCCUGGUUUAGUCCCGGUUUAGUCCCGGUUUAGCCCUGGUUUAGUCCUGGUUUAGUCCCGGUUUAGUCCCGGUUUAGUCCUGCUUUAGUCCUGGUUUAGUCCUGCUUUAGUCCUGCUUUAGUCCUGGUUUAAUCAUGGUUUAGUCCUGGUUUAGUCCUGGUUUAGUCCUGGUUUAGUCCUGCUUUAGUCCUGGUUUAAUCAUGGUUUAGUCCUGCUUUAGUCCUGGUUUAGUCCUGCUUUAGUCCUGGUUUAGUCCUGCUUUAGUCCUGGUUUAGUCCCGGUUUAGCCCUGGUUUAGUCCUGGUUCAGUCCUGGUUUAGUCCUGGUUUAGUCCUCCUCAUGUGAGAUGGUUCAUGUGGCUCUAACAUGUGGGAGAUGUUCUUUGGUCUUUGGUGCUGGUCGAUGGAGAAGCUUUUGUCUAAGUUACAGAUCAGAUCUAUUGUUUACAGCUUUUAAAAAACCUGUUGGAUUAAUGCAAGAUUUAUUAGUUUAAUGCCAUAAUGUGGAACAUACUGGCAAAACAAUAACAACAUUUCUACGGAGACAAGUGGGUGACGGACCCCCCACCAGAAAGUUGCGUAGUACUUGCCUGGCAGUACCUUCCAGUCUCUUGUAUACUGCGUACAGUCCAGGCAAACAUACUGCACCUUUAUAUUUAUAAACUGAACACAGACACUUUGGCUUUUAUGGUCAUAGAUUUUUUAUUUCGAAUUAAGACAUUUUCUCACUGCCAACAAACCACUCAAACAAACCGAUUUGUUUUCAUCGCUUCUCGAGGCGUCGAUACAUUCCUCAUGGAAAAGUUUGGAUUUUGUAUCAGGUUUAUUGCUGUUCAUGUUAUUCAACGUCACAUCCUCGAGGUGUGUUAUUCUCUAUAAUAUAUUAGUAUUUUGUAUUUUUGACCAUCAAAAAAUGCUGAAUGAAAGCAAAGAACAAUCUCAAGAACAAUCUCUGACACCGCUGUUGUACUGUGGGUUCUGAGGGAAUCUUUAUCAAAUGUGCUAUUCUUGUACUCAAUUGUCUUCUAACUAUUUCUAUUUACAAACUCUUGAUACAUUUGCUGUAAAGUCUGCUUUUCAUACAUGUGUCCAGGAGCCUCAUCCUCAUUCCUAUAGUGCACUUGUUGUGAUGUACAAUAUAUACAUUUUACAUUUGGUGUACAAUUUAUUGUUGUGGUAUAAGCCUUUGGAAAACAAGAAAAAUAAAACUCAUGUUCAUG